UGUUGCGUUUUCUGAUCUCUUGUUCCGCUGACUGCCGCUGUAAGGCUGGCUUUAUACAUAAGUUUGAUACACAUGAUUGUCCUUCAGACAGCGUUCCCCCAAAACCAUCGUCAAUGCCUCCGCGUGUCUCAUCUAGGUGAUCCUCUUUUGGAUCGUCCCUCCAUAAUCAGGUUUGCCGUUUGUUUGGGUCCUCUGUCGUAUGGAUGUUUUGCCAUAGAGGCUAUCUGUCGUAUGAGUGCUAUCUGUCGCAACGAUGUAUAUUGUAAAGUCUUUGUCGAAGCUUGUUUGCCGUACGGAUGUUUGGCGUAAGGCUUUGUAUCGUAUAGCUCAUUCCCCAUUCAACGUUGUAAGAAUGUUGUCACAUCG